AUGAACGCUGAACCUAGAGAUGACACGAGUUCUUCGUCGGUACGAUAAUUAAUUUUCCCACCAGAGAAUUUGACGCAUGAAUGGUUCGCCUCUUCUCCCGAGUCUUGUUGAGUCUCAGCGGUUUCGCAAUUAAAGUCACGUGAUCAAAUUUUGGCGCCGAGAGAUAGAGACGGUUACAGUUCGAAUACUGCAUUUGCACAAGAUGGAUUUAACUUAAUUCAAGAUUCUCUGAUUUUAGGAUCUCUCACUCUGAAUUCUUAAUCUUUUUCUUGAAAAGAUGAACUGAUAUUUUAUGUCUAUGUCUUUGUUUGCAUCCACUUAAGCUGAUUUUUGGCUCUCACUCUUUCAGCGUGCAGAAUCAAGUCCUUCGAGUAAGACGGUUCAAACGUCGAUUGGUGAUUCAGAAAACAUCAGCGAUUAUGAAAAUUUAGAGGUGACAUUGGCACCGAAAGAAAUGGGUAAAUCAAUAUUAUAAAUCGCUCAAGGAUCUCUGUUUUA